GAAAUAAUCUGAAUGACUGUAAAGCUUAUAAGAAUGAGAUAACAUGAAAAUGACUGAAUAUGACCUCAUGACUAUGCGGUUAAUUAAUAAUAAGACACAGCUGGGCUGAGUGUAUUCCUACAGGUUUUACUACUCAGCAGUUGUCAUUCAGACAAAGAGGCAGCAGAAUGACUGAUACUGAUGGUGUACAGUUGAAAAGUGUUACUCAUGGAAAUGGACAUGGAGUGGACAAUCCAGCAUUUCAAGCAGAGGAGGAAAAAGCAUCAGAUUACCAGAAUAAGGCUGAAGAGACUCCAAAAAAGGAGUCCAGGUCGUUUGUAAGUAAACUAUUCAAACCUAUUACGGCCAUUGAAAACUUUCUGAAGGCUCACUCCAGAAUCAUCAAGUACAUUACCCUGGGAAUACUUGGUGCAGGCUAUGUGGCAUACUUCAUUGCUGCUUGCUGGCUAGACUUCCAUAGGGCUAUUGCUCUUGUUGUUCUAACCUGUGUGGCAGUGUUUUUCACGGUGUAUGAUCUUGUGAAGAAGUACAAGGGUGACAGUAUAAAGCGUAUCUUCAAGCCUGCAAUUCGAUGCUUUAAGGCCAACAUCAGAUGGAUAAAAUGGGUGUUUAUAGUGGUAGUGGUAGGGCUGUUGGUGGCAUGGCUGGCGGUGGACACAAGCAAGCGUCCGGAGCAGCUUGUCUCCUUCGGUGGCGUCUGCCUCUUCAUCCUCGGCAUAUUCAUCUUCUCUGCACACAGACAUGCGGUGCGCUGGAGGACUCUCUUCUGGGGUCUUGGUCUGCAGUUUGUCAUUGGCCUGUUUGUCAUACGGACACAGCCAGGUUACAUAGCAUUCAACUGGCUCGGAGCUCAAGUUCAGACAUUUUUGAACUACACCCAAGCUGGGACAAGUUUUGUGUUUGGCGGACUCGUUGAAGCAGGAAUCUUUGCGUUUCAGGCUUUGCCUAUAGUGAUAUUUUUCAGCAGUGUUAUGUCAGUGCUGUACUUCCUUGGAGUGAUGCAAUGGGUUAUCAUUAAGAUUUCCUGGAUUAUGCAGAUAACAAUGGGAACCUCUCCUACAGAGUCACUGAGCGUGGCAGGGAAUAUAUUUGUUGGGCAGACAGAGGCACCACUGCUGAUUCGUCCCUACCUAAAAGACAUGACCAAGUCUGAGAUCCAUGCAGUCAUAGUUGGAGGUUUUGCUACCAUUGCUGGCAGUGUGAUGGGAGCUUUCAUUUCAUUUGGGAUUGAUGCGUCAUCGUUGAUCGCUGCCUCUGUGAUGGCAGCUCCAUGUGCAUUAGCAAUGGCCAAACUCUCAUACCCUGAAACCGAGGAGAGCAAGUUUAAAUCUGAAGCUGAGAUCAAAGUGGAUGGCGGGGAUGAAAAGAAUAUCUUGGAGGCUGCUAGUGCUGGAGCAUCCACAUCUAUUGGGCUUGUGGCUAAUAUAGGUGCUAACUUGAUAGCAUUUCUCGCCAUUUUGGACUUCAUCAAUGCUGCUUUAAGAUGGCUAGGAGGCAUGGUGGGAUAUCCAGAGAUCACAUUUGAGCUUAUCUGCUCAUAUGUGUUCAUGCCGGUGGCUUUCAUGAUGGGCAUACCAGUGGAAGAGUCCUUCACAGUGGCCGAGCUCAUCGGGACAAAGCUUUUCCUCAAUGAGUUUAUAGCUUAUGAGAAGCUCUCAAAGCUGAAAAACAACCGACUAAAUGGCAUCACGGAAGUUGGGCAGUACAUCUCAGUCAGAUCAGAAAUCAUCAGCACCUAUGCUUUGUGUGGUUUUGCCAACUUCAGUUCUCUUGGAAUUGUGAUUGGAGGCCUGUCCUCUAUUUGUCCUUCAAGGAAGAGUGACAUCUCCGCUGUAGUGCUCAGAGCCUUGAUCACUGGCACGUGUGUUUCACUGGUUAAUGCUUGCAUAGCUGGUAUUCUUGUUGUUCCUCCACUGGACUGUAUAAGGGUGUUUAAGGAUUCUGUCUUCAAUACGACUGAUGUAAACAUCCAAACAUGCUGCUAUGAUCUGUUUGGCAGUGCUGUGAACAACGGAACGCUGGUGUCUUUCGAGGGAUCUUGGAGUUUGGUGAAAAAUGCUACUGUUUACUUCACUCAGUGUUGUCAGCUCUAUAAUGAGACAAACUGCAUGUAGGACCGCCUAUUUUAACACAAUGGGCACUGCUCCUUCUAAACAGUGUAAAGGAUGUAUUUUCUAAUUAUGUAAUUUUUUUGUAAUUUAUUUGUCUACCUGAAACAGUGUAUUGUAUUUGAAUGCUUUAUUCAUUUUUUUAUUUAUGCAUGGAUCAUCAAACAAUGUAAACAUCUCUAUUUUUACCAUAUGAUGCGUUUGUUAAAUAAUAGAAUUUAGUGGAGUUCACUAAAUCAAAUCUGAUUUUCUGAAAUUGUGUGCACAUCUUACAUUAAGGUCGCAAUAAACUUUCUCUUGUUUGGUCAAA